AAAAAAUAAAAUAAAAAAAUUGGGAAAAAUAAAAUAAGAGCAAAAAAAAAAAAAGAAAAAAGGAAUGCAAUCCCAUCCCAAUGGAAGUUAUGAAAUAGUUGUAUGGGGGGAAGAGCAGCAGUGCCAAAAAAAUAAAAAAAUGAAAAAAAUAACGCCAAAAAAUCAUCCCAAUUCCCAGAACAUUGGCAGGGUACCCAUGUAUGGUAUUGUAAAAGGCAUCGCGUUUUUUUACCCUUUCCUCUCUCUCUCUCACCUUUCCCUUCCAGAAAAUAGGGAAACUGUCUUGGGGAGAGAGAAAGUAGAGAUAAAAAAAAUUCAUCGCAAACAGUAUGAAAAGACCAUUAACAUAAGAAAAUAAUUAUCUAUCUUUUUCUUUUCUUUUUUGAAGAAAAACCAAGAGAGAAAUUUAGUGAAAAAUAAGGGAAAAGAAAAGAGGCGGUCCUCUUUCCCCCCUCCCCCUUCCUGGUGAUCAGGUAAAACCAGGGAAGGGAAGGAAAAAUACCAUGGCCUGCGAUGAAUGGGCGGAAAGGCCAGUCCAACUAGACCAGAGCCGGGCAUAGUGCGGGUUGCAGGGAACGCCAAACGGCCAGGCAGACGGAGGGAAGGACAUGCUCAGCGAGGAAAAAACACAUCCUCCGUCAUGAAGAGCGACCGGGCUGCAGGCGGGGCGACCCAGACUGGUAGGCCCGAGCAGUGCCAGAUGGGGAGGAG